AUGGGGCAGAGAAGGGCGAUUCGCUUCUUGCUCCUUCUGGCACUGCUGCUGCCGCCUCCGGGCUGCUUGGCUGAGCUCUGGUCUCCCGCUGGGAGGCGGCCCAAGGCCCCCAGGGCCCUGCCCCGGGCUCCCCUGCCCCUGGCGCAGUCUCCAAGGGCUGUGCCUCUGACAUCCCACGCAGUGAAGGUGGACUGCGAGCCGCACCGCGUGGUCGUGACGGUCCACCGGGAUCUCUUUGGAGUGGGCAGGCUGGUGGCCCCUUUGGACCUGGCACUGGGGCGGACCCCUUGCUGGCCCGUGUCCUUCGACGCCACGGCUAACGUGGUGGUCUUUGCGGCCGGGCUCCAUGAGUGUGGCAGUGCGCUGCAGAUGACGCCGGAUUUGCUGAUCUACCAGACAAGUCUUUUCUACACACCGUCUCUUGCUGGCAACCCCAUAAUUCUCAGGACCAACGCUGCCGAGAUACCCAUUGAAUGCCGCUACCCCAGGAAAGAGAAUGUCUCCAGCCAGGCCAUCAAGCCCACCUGGGUGCCGAUGAGUUCGACCGUGUCGGCUGAAGCGCGGCUGGGCUUCUCGUUGCGGCUCAUGAAUGAUGACUGGAGCGCGGAGAGGACGUCCACCCGUUUCCGGUUGGGAGACGUCUUGCGCCUGCAAGCGGAUGUCCACGCAGAAAACCACUGGCCCCUGAGGCUCUUCGUGGACAGCUGUGUGGCCGGCUUGAGCCCGGGAACGACCUCGGUGCCCCAAUAUGCCAUUGUUGACUCGAACGGAUGCCUAGUGGAUGGGAGGCAAGAGGGCGUCUCGUCCACGUUCCUCUCCCCACGGCCACGGCAGGAGGUGCUGCGGUUCACCAUCGAUGCUUUCAGAUUUGCUGGCGAUUCCAGGAACCUGAUCUACAUCAUGUGCGACUUGAAAGUCACACCAGUUGAACGAGCGCCGGAUGCCUUGAACAAAGCGUGUUCGUUCAACGCAGCGAACAACGCUUGGCUUCCGGUGGAAGGUUCCAGAAGCAUCUGCAACUGCUGUGAGACGGGAAGUUGCGGGAGGAUGAUGGGAGAGCAGCCUCAGGACUUCGGAUCCAGACAUCUGCCGGUGGAGAUGAGUUGGCAAAGAAAUCUGCCAGUGGAGACGGCUGCUCAUCAAGCCCACCUGGCGCUAGGUCCCAUCUUCAUCUUUGGCUCCCGAGAUCGCGAUGGACAGUUCCCAGGAGGCCCAGAAGAUGCUGAGGAGAUCGGGAUGGAAGAAUUUAUGCCAGUGAUCGAAUCCCAGGUGGCCGUAGCAGGAACCCCACUUCCCUUCAAGGAGAACGUAGGGUCUGCCAACAUCUCGGAAGACCAAAAGGAUAACCCCGCGCUGCCGUUGGAAGCGUAUCUCAGAGCAGGCCCCGUUUUCAUCGGUGAGGCAGAAGAGGGCUCUGGAUUUGGGGACCAAGCCAAAGCAGCCUUGCCAGAGGAGGACAGCACGGCCUUGGAACUGCAGGCGAAGGUCAUCUCCAGGCCCCUUGAAGAGGCCGUGACCCCCAGCGCCGAGAAACUCCCGGGAGAAGCAGCCAGCGUGGCAGCAGCAAAAGGUCCAGAACGCCGCUCUGGGGUGAUGCUGGCCCUGUUGUUGCUGAUGGCGGGGCUGACGGUCGGCUUCCUAGCUCUGGGAGUCUUUGUGCUGGUCAAAAGGUGCCGCCGCCGCCGUCUCAGCCCGGCCCCCUCUCUCUCCCCGCUGGGCGUGAGGCUUUAACGUUGUCUGUAUCUGCUGCAACUGAAUAAAAAGU